CGUCCCCGAAUUCACCGCCCCAGCGUCGUUUGGUCUUCUCCGUAUCCCGACCUAAAACCUAACCCUAGCUUAAUCAUCUCGUCCUCCUCGGCUCAGAUCCCUGCUUCGUCGUGUUCUCAUCGAAGCUCUCCUAUCAUCUUCGAAAGCAGUAUAUUAGGUGCCUCAUAAUGGAAGGUGAAAAGUAUGAUGGCAGGCAAGAGUCACUCUUUCAAAAUAAACACGGAGCACGGGAAGAGGAUAUGGCACAGCCUAAUUCCUUGGCCGAGGAUUCAGCAGAAGAUUUCCGUUUGCCAAUAUAUCACAGACCCACAGAAAACCUUGAUACUGAUGAACUGGAGCAAGCAUCUUUGGAUAAACAACUGACAUCAUCUAAUGUAGGGUUUAGGCUUCUGCAGAAAAUGGGAUGGAAAGGCAAGGGUCUUGGCAAAAAUGAGCAAGGCAUAGUUGAGCCCAUAAAAGCUGGUAUUAGGGAUCCAAAACUGGGGGUGGGGAAGCAAGAAGAAGAUGACUUUUUCACUUCUGAAGGAAAUGUUCAGAGGAGGAAGCUUGACAUUGAAUUAGAAGAGACUGAGGAAAAUAUAAAGAAGCGUGAGAAGGCAGCAUAUAAUCGCAUGUAUGUCUUUUUGACGGGAAUGAUAUAUCAUAAGGGAGCAUCAACUCUCGAGGAGCGUGAGCAGAAAAUCCAGUCUGAGGUGAAAGAAAUAAAAAAGGCCUUCUAUUGUAAUCUCUGCAACAAGCAAUACAAAUUGGCAAUGGAAUUCGAAAGUCAUCUUAGCUCUUAUGACCACAAUCACAGAAAGAGAUUUAAAGAAAUGAAAGAAAUGCAUGGAAGUAGCAGCCGCGAUGACAGACAGAAACGGGAACAACUACGUCAAGAGAAGGAAAUGGCAAAGUUUGCACAAAUGGCAGAUGCUCACAAGCAACGGCAACAGCAACAACAACAACAGCAAGAAGGGUCUGAAAUCUCUUCAGAUGCUGGUGCGGCUAGGACUUCCGCAAAAGUUCUAAAUCAGGAUCAGCGGCAGGCUCUGAAAUUCGGCUUCUCUAAAAUUGGUCCCUCAAAGAAGGCUUCAGCUGGUGGCAUCAGCAAGAAGCCAAAGAUUGGUGUGAAAGUAUCCUCAAUCUUUGGCAGUGAUAGCGAUGAUGAGGAGACGUAAUUCUUCUUCGAAGUCUACCAAGAAUGCAGUUUCACAACUAUUUUGUCAGAUAAUGUAUUACUAGUUGUCGAUUACUAAACUGAUUUGAUUUUCUCUGGAGUUACCACUAUAUAUUGUGUCAUUAUCUCACCUUUUUGGCAUUGUCAUUAUUGGUCGGAACUGUUAAUUUUGAACACUUAACACAUCGACCAUCAUAUAUUUAUCAAAUUUGUCUUUCAUA